AUGACGUCGAAAACGAUAAUACCGCGCUUCUUGCUACCUCUACAAGGUCCCUUGUGGCGCGGCGUCCGCAUACCGCUCUCCCAAAAUGUUCGCAUCAGAUACGCAUCAUCGUCAUCACCGACCGGUCACCGCAACCCCCCGUCCCAAAAGCCAAUUGUGCUUGAGAAGCCAGCCAAGUUUAACCCCCCGUCCCACGGAUCCCGAAUCAAGCGAAACGUCAUGCCCAAGCAUUACGGCCCUGAACUGAGCGCGUCGGAGAUUUCUGCCCAGAACAAGAGCCAUUACCCUGGUGUCAUGGCCCCCGAGGGAUCUUGGUCUCAUUGGUUUUGGCAUAGCAGGUUGCUCCAUACUUUUAUUACCAUGGGGGCCUUGUUUGCAAUGGCCAUAUACACCUUCUUCAUGAAUUACGCCUACAACUCCACCUUUAAGGACCUCGUUCCUCCAAUGUCCGAUCUCUGGCACCAUCCUUCAUACUUCUUUGCCGCAUGGAAAAACGUCAUCGCCCUGCACGAAAAGGACAAGGCCACAAAGGCUGGUGAACAUCGAACAAGGUACCUGGAUGACGUCGCAAAGAGAAAGUACUACAUGAAGGUACACGGCAUUGAGACCAAGGACCCCGUUUCUCUAGUGUUUGGGAAGGACGAAGGAAAAUCAGAGGAGGAGCUGGAGGCCGUUGCGCUUGGACGAGAAUUGCCCCCAACAUCAGAAUCGGACGAGAAGCCGGAGCAGAGGAAGAAAUGGCUCGGUAUUUGGUGA